UAUUCAUUUCAUUGUCUUCCAGUCUCCCUGUCCAGCCAGCAAACCAGCGUCCUGCUCCCUUCCAUGUGCAAGUUUUUCUUCUUCAAUUCUAAACAUCAAAACACUAAACACUGAACAUGAAACUUGUAGCCUAGAUCAUUGUGAACAAAACCCAUAAGCCAUUUUACCUUGGAAAGCUUAGAAUCAAGAGAUUUUCUCAUCUUCCCCUUCGUGGUACUGUUCAUGGCCGAAAAUAAAUGUUGAAUUUUGGUUGAUUCAAGGCUUGGAGGUUGUUCUUUUGGAGGCUUAGGACUUGGGUGAGAUCAUAAAAUCUACUAGUUGUUGCCACUAAGCAUACACACAGAGAGAGGGUGGAAAACAAGUAGCAACAUCCAUGAGUAAGCACCCUCACCCCACUCCAAUCCUUUUCUUCAAGAUUAUUCCUGGAACAAGUCUUGCAGAUGGAAAGCUUAAGAUUCCAUACAAUUUCGUUAGGAAAUAUGGUGGUGACAUGUCAAACCCAAUGUUUCUCAAACCUCCAGAUGGCACUGAAUGGGAAGUAUUUUGGACUAAACAUGAUGGUGAUAUUUGGCUUCAAAAGGGUUGGAAAGAAUUUGCUACAUAUUACUCUCUAGAUCAUGGUCAUUUGGUGUUGUUUGAAUACAAGCAAACUUGUCAUUUUGAGGUACACAUAUUUGACAAGAGUACCCUUGAAAUAGAUUAUCCUCUGCAUGUCUCUCAAGAUGUACAGUACAACCUUGACCAGAUCAGUGAUGAUGACUCAGUUAAAAUUUUAGAUGAGAUACCACCAUGCCAUAAGACUAGACAAAAAUCACCAAUGCCUUCUCCUCAACCAUGUAAAAAAUCAAGAACUGGCGCAAGUGGAGAUGUUAAGAGAAGAUCCACAGAGCAAAACUUGCCUCAGCAUGUCCAAACUGAAGGCACAAACUUUGAGAAGUCUAAAUUUUCAUCUGUAAAGAAAGAAUCGGAUGAAUCAGUUCAAGGAGAGGGAAUCAAUUGGCUAGACCCUCAGAGAGUUGUGGAUGUUGAAAAUACAACUGUUGUUACCAGAAAAGGUGAGAAGGCUACUCACUGCCCCUUCACAAAUGGAGCACUGAAUGAAGCUAAUAAAUUUGCCUCAGAAAAUCCCUUUUUCACAAUCAAUAUUAACUCGGGAGUUAGACCGCAUGUACCAAGAGCCUUCAUCAAAGAGUGCUUGAAUAACAAGACGCAGAUUGUGAAGUUACAAUUUGGAAAGAAAUUGUGGCCUGUAAAGUUGCUUGGUUAUCCACGCAACAAUGGCAUAUUGUCUAGUGGUUGGUCCCAAUUUGCAGGAGAAAGUGAAUUGUUAGGUGGAGAGCUUUGUGUCUUGGAGCUCAUCAAUAGAGAAGAUGCAGUGCUUCGUGUUCAUAUUUUCAGAGGCCACUGUUAGACAAUAAAAUUGGAGCUGUUUGCAUUUGUUAUCUUAGCUCUUAAAGAUGUAUCGUUCCUCUCGAAUGCGGUGGAUUAUGAUUUGGAAUGUUAUUUUUGAAUAAAUUAAAAAUAUAUUUGG